ACUGUUUGGACGUUGAUUUUCUUCGAAAGUUAUUUUUUUUUUGGAUUUGGAGUUCCUGUUCUUUAUCUUUAGGGCAUAUGUAACCAUGACAUUAAAUUUGGUGUUAAAAUUACACCAAUUUGAUAUUUUGGUGUCAAAAUAUUUUUGUCAUCUCUAACUAUGAUACCAAAUAUUACACCAAAAGUAAUUUUAUAUAUUAUUUGAUGUUUUCAGUUUUAAUAUUUAUUAUAUUUUUAUUUGAAAUUGACAAAUAAUUGUUCUAUCACACACACUUAGAUAUUAUGAUUGUUAAUUUUUUAAUUAUAUAUUUAUCAAUUUUAUUCACAUUUAUGUUUUUGAUGAAAAUAGAACUUAAAUUACGCAGAUUGGAUGAACAUUUUGUAACUCUCAGAUAAAAAAACGUACAAGUAGAGGGCAGAACUGAUAGAGAUAAAAAUAAAAAUUUAUAAAAGCUUUAGUUUCUGUCGUCAACUUCUAAUAACCUUUACAUCAAAACAAAUUUGCUAGAAUAUAAAUGAAUUUAAUUCAUAUGUACAUUUUAUACAAACGACGAAAGUGGGAGUAAGCUCACAUAAAUCAUGCCACAUCAUUAAUUUUGUAGUUAAACUACCACGUGCCCAGAUAUGAUUGGAUAGUUCAUAUGUACAUUUUAUACAAACGACGAAAUUGAUUAAGCUGAUAAAAGAGCUAGGAUUGUGUUUCCUGGAAGUGGUGGUGAUCGUAUGAGAGACGUUUGAGCAAUAUUGGUUUAUAGUUAUCAUCUGCAGAUCUUCUAAUAUAUCAAAUUUGAUUUAAAACCCUGCUCGAUCCAGGUUUAGAAAUGAUAUUUAAAUCAGAAUAUAAUUUCAGUGAAAUGAUUUUUUUUUUUGCAAAAUGCAAGUACACAAAAAAAAGUAAGAAAUAGUGAAAGGAAGUGAAUGGAUUUUUAUUUCUUUAUGAAAUUCACAUAAAGUAAAAUAUCUAAAGCAUAACAAACUGGUAAAUUUUAGGCUUUGUUUGUUUGUGGUUAAUAAAAUACUUUUCUGUUUUUAGUUUUUUUAUUUUUCAAAAACCAUUUUGUUAUUCAAUCAAGAUUUUUGAAAAAAAAACUUCAGAAUUUAGUACUAGAUUUUAUAACUAUGUAUGAUUUUUACUGUACUGGCUAUGUAAAUAAAUUAUUAAGAUUUUCUUCACUUAUAGUUUUUCAUAUAUGUUUCCUGGAAAGAGUUUCUCUCUAUGUUUCUCUAAUCAGUAUAAAAUGCUCUUUCUCUAUCCCAUUUUCAAAAUCAAAAAUUUCUGCAAUCAAAUAAUCACUGUAUUAACACAACCCUCUUCUUCUUUUUUUUUUCAUAAAUCAUGGCAAAAUUAGUUUGUUCUUGUCUGUUCAUCUCCAUGCUUGUUCUAUCUGCAUUUUUGGCUUUGCCAAGUGCAGAUGGAGCGGAUAUAAGAAGGUGCAGUGUGGUGUUGAACCUAAGCAAGCCAUGCACUUUUCAAGAAUGCCAACCACUUUGUAUUCAGAAGUACAAGGGGACUGGCCUUUGUCUCGGAGAUAACAUUAAGAACUCGAAAUGCAAUUGUGAAUAUAAUUGUUAAGCUUAAUUAUAUAUAAUAUGAUGUUAAACUAGACACAAAAUCUUUAUUAUCACAUGAAUACAAAUCUUUUUUUUAUAUAAACCUUGCGGUAAAAUACUAAACAUGCAUUUGCUAAUCAGAUCCCGUAUAUGCAAAUCACGGUUGAAUAAAAUAAGACCAAUCUUAGUGAAUUAUUUCUUUCUUUUUUUAAUUAUACAUGAAUAUUCCGGUCUCCACAAAAAUGGGUCCAAACUAGCCACAUGUUAACAAUCUACGUUUUCAGCCCAUGUGUUAGUUUUAUGUUCCUGGCAAUGCCGAAAUGUUAAUCUUUCAGUAGCCGAGACUCGAAUCCUAGUAGCUUCACCGUAUUGGACUUUUUCCUCAAGUUAAUCACCACCGGGCUGGCCUGGUUAAAUCAUAUCUUGUUAAGACGAUGAGAUUCUUCCUCGUAAUAAACCUA